AUCAUUAGUUUCACAAAAUACAAUCUUGUUCGUUUGACUUCCGCUAAAAACACACAUAUCAUUGUCGGAAUUUAUUUAUUUUCACACAAUAUCAUUGUCAGAAUUGUACCCCACUUCAAUGUAAAUUCAUAAGCUCUUAGAUAGUUGAAAUUCUCACACACUUUGAAACAUCAAGUCAUCAACUGUGUGGUUACUUACCCUAACGGCUCUCACCAUGAACUACAUCUUCAAGAUCAUGCAUUGGACUCGAUCUCUAACUCAUUUCAGAUCAACAAACAUAUACUCAAGCAAAUUUUCAAACUUUUCUAAGAACUCUGAUGGAGGAACAUGGGAAUCAAUGGAGGGUCUAUUUCAUUGCUCUGCAAAUUCUGUUCCUUUGUCUCCAAUCAACUUCCUUGAAAGAGCAGCAAAGGUUUGUAGAGACAGAACAUCUGUUGUGUAUGGUUCUUUGAAGUAUAAUUGGGGUCAAACUCAUCAACGUUGUCUCAAACUUGCUUCUUCUCUUACCCAAUUGGGGAUUUCCCGUGGAGAUGUGGUUGCCACCCUAGCACCUAAUGUCCCUGCAAUGUAUGAGCUGCAUUUUGCAGUGCCAAUGGCCGGAGCCAUCCUUUGUACCCUUAAUUCGCGUUUGGAUGCAGCUAUGGUUUCAAUACUGCUCGAGCAUUCACAAGCAAAAAUCCUUUUUGCUGACUACCAACUACUUGAAAUUGCUCAAGGAGCAUUGGACUUGCUUCGCAAAAAAGGAACAAAAUUGCCGGUUAUAGUCUUAGUUACUGAUUCUGAUUGCUCAUCUCCGAUCGACAUUACACCAAUCAAUUACGAGUAUGAGAAGCUAAUGGAAGUUGGACACGAUGGUUUCAAAAUUGUGAAACCGCAAAGUGAAUGGGAUCCUAUAAGUAUAAAUUACACCUCAGGCACCACAUCUAGGCCUAAAGGAGUUGUUUACAGUCAUAGAGGUGCUUAUCUAAACUCUUUAGCAACAGUUCUACUCUUUCAAAUGGACAUCUUUCCUGUUUAUCUUUGGAAUGUUCCGUUGUUCCAUUGCAACGGUUGGUGUCUCCCUUGGGGAGUCGCAGCGCAAUUUGGCACAAAUAUUUGUUUAAGAAAAGUAUCUCCAAAGAACAUAUUUGACAAUAUAAUUCAACAUAAGGUGACACACAUGGCAGGAGCUCCUACUGUGCUUAACAUGAUUUUGAAUUCCGCGUCGACUCAUAGAAAGCCACUCAACCACAAGGUUUUAGUUAUGACAGGUGGUUCUCCUCCACCACCGCAGAUCCUUUCUAAGAUGGAAGAAAUUGGUUUUCGCGUUUCUCAUCUUUACGGCUUGACAGAAACGUAUGGUCCGGGGAGUUUUUGUGCGUGGAGACCUGAGUGGGAUAUGUUGCCUCCUGAAGAAAGAUCAAAGAUGAAAGCUAGGCAAGGUGUGCCUCAUGUAGGGUUGGAGGACAUUGAUGUCAAAGAUUCUGAAACUAUGGAAAGUGUUCCAGCGGAUGGAAAAACGGUUGGCGAGAUAAUGUUUAGAGGCAAUACAGUGAUGAGCGGUUAUUUUAGAGAUUUGAAAGCAACAGAAGAAUCUUUCAAAGGUGGUUGGUUUCAUAGUGGGGAUUUAGCUGUGAAACAUUCUGAUGGCUACAUAGAAAUUAAGGAUAGGUUGAAAGACAUAAUAGUCUCUGGAGGAGAAAACAUUAGCUCGGUUGAGGUAGAAACUGUUUUGUAUAGCCAUCCGGCUGUUCUUGAGGCUGCGGUUGUUGCUAGACCGGAUGAUCAUUGGGGUCAAACUCCUUGCGCUUUUCUGAAAUUGAAAGACGGUUUUGAUGAAGAUGCUCAAGAAAUAAUUGCAUUUUGUAGGGAACAUUUGCCGCAUUACAUGGCUCCUAAAACAAUCAUUUUUCUAGAUAUGCCAAAGACUUCUACAGGGAAGAUACAAAAGUAUAUUCUAAGGGAGAAAGCAAAGGCUUUGGGAAGUAUAUCUAUAUCCAACCCCUUGAAUUGUGAAAAAGUUAUUGAUUGUUCAAGUAAGUUUAGGAAUAAUGAAUAAGAAAAGUGUUCAACAUGAAA